AUGAAUACCACGCCGGGUACCCAAAAUGAAGAAAGGAACGAACGGGGCGAAGGAUCUUUUCCAAAAAGGAAUGAUAAUGAAGACAGCGAGUAUAGCGAUUCGUUUGUUGAGCAUCUGUUUAAUGUGAAUAGGAAAGGCCCUGGAGGGAGGAGGGGCAAUCUGUAUGGACAAGGCCCCCAGUUUGAAAAUGACCCAUGGGAUGGAGACUGUAACUGGUACGAUGCGGAGGAAGCACCCGGUGGGGGAGGCAUUCCCUACGUCGAGGCAGGGGAGCAGGAGGGGCAGCCCACUCGGGAAGACGAAGACGUGAUGAAGUACUACGCAGUAGUGAAGAGCAACAAAAUGAACGACCAGAUUUUGCAAAGAGAAAUUGACCACCUGCUGAACUUCAGCAGCAAAGUGGAAACGUAUGAGGAAAAGCAAAAGAAGUUGCUUUGGGGCUCGGCCAACGAUGAGGGAAUCGACCCGUGUCUGUGCAGCUGGAAGGGGGGGGCAGACCAGAAAGACCAGCAAGACGAGGGAGAUGCGGCAGACCAGCAAGAUGAGGGAGAUGAGGCAAGCCAGCAGGACGACGCUGACCGUGACGGAACAGUUUUGCUGCCCCGGUUUGUAGAGGACCUACGCAGGGUGAAAAAGCAUCCGCUGAGGGAACGAGCGGAGGGCGCCCCCCCAAGCGGCGACAAAGUAGGGGUGAGUCAACCGGAUGGAAGCGACCACUUGGGAGGAAGCAACCACCUGGGUGGAGGCGACCACCUGGGUGGAGGCGACCACCUGGGUGGAAGCGAAAUAGCUCACUCGCUCAACAGCACACACAUCACCUUCAACGAGAAGAGACUACUAAACAUGAGCAACAUUCAUUUGAACAACCUGCUGUACUUUUACCUUUGCUGCAAUGAGGAUGACGCCUUGGCGUGCCUGGAGGGGGGGGGGAAGCGCGUCUACACGUAUGAUUCGUACGCCUUUGAGGGGCUGGAGGGGGGGAGCGAGGCCUCGAGCAACGCCCCGUCGGAGGGCAGCUCCAGGUCGAGCUCCAUAAGCGACGAGGAGUUGCUGCUGCUGCGGUACGGUGACGAGGAAGGGGGCGGCUACGCGGGGGAGUGCGACGAGGCAGACUGCUCUAGUGAGGAGGAGGGCUGCUAUAGUGAGGAAGCAGACUGCCACGGGGAGGAUUCAGGCCGCUGUACUGAGAACCCCCUGCGCAGGAGGAAGAGAAAACGGAGCGCGAAGCGCGGCAGGCACGGCGGGAAGGGAGCCUCCGCCACCCCGUCCCCCGCUGAGCCAACGAAAAUGAGCAAAGAGGUAGAAUCGCUAAUGAACAAGGCAAACAGCUGCUACAUUAGCCAAAACUUCGACGAAUGUAUAGCCGUCCUGGAGAAGGUGAUUAAGUUGGCGCCCAGCUUACACGACCCCUUUCACCUGCUCGGAUUGAUACAAGAGAGGGAAUAUAAAAAUGUGAAGAAGGCCAUCAACUAUUAUUUGAUUGCAGCUCAUCUGUCGAGGAAUGAUCACCUCUCAUGGUACAAUCUCAUUGAGCUGUGUAAGAUGGAAAAGCAGUACCGCCUCAUUUUGUAUUGCCUUUUUAAGGUGCUACGGAUAUAUAAGAAGAAGAUUGCCAAGAGGGAGAAGAGGCGCAUCGUGGGGGGGUCUCCCCAGGGACAAGUCGAUUACAAAGGGGGUCACCCCUCUUGCGGUGAUGACCAUGGAGAUGCCAUCCCAAAGGAGGGUCUCACCUGUGAUGAGUACCUCAGACCAGCUAACAGAAACGAACACAUGAAGGAGCUGGACCCUUUUUUGAAACACCUCUAUUUUAAUGUAGCCUUUACGUAUUUGCUGCUGGAGGAUUAUAAGAAUGGGUUGAAGUGGCUGCUGCUUCUGAAGAACGCCUGCGGGGGGGAAGUAGACACCCUGGUGGAUUUAUACAUUUGCUUAUGCCUCGCGGUGGUGCGGAACCCACACGAUAGUUACCACUUCUUGAAGCGUAUGUUCCUGCGCGUGGUGAGGGGGAAGCGGCGGGGAGGAACCGCACCAUUGGAGGAAAGACCCCCCCGCGCGGACGGCUGGUCAUAUAAAGAAAAAAGCACCAUCUGCUUCUUCAUGCAAAGUCAAAUCCUAAACGGAAAGUACGAUGAGUGCAUUUUUGUUUUUUGGAUGCUCACCCGGAUGAGCAGCGAGAGAAUCCACGUGGAUGUAUUUACCCAGUUUGUGAGGGCCCUCUUGAUGGUCGGCCACGUAGAUUAUGGCUACCUCACUAAGUGCCACUUUGUGCAGGUGAUUUUGGGGAACCUCGCCCUUUUCGAGGACCUCGUCUUCCACCUCGCGGAGGCCUACUACGCGCGGGGCCUGUUCGAGGGCGCCAUUUAUUUCUACAGGUUGGUCUACGCCCGCCGGAAGGGGGGAGCGCUGAACGAAGCGGUGAACGAAGCGGCGAGCGAAGCGGUGAACGAAUCGGUGAGGACCAUUUCCCCGGGGGAGGAACAGCCCUCCCCAGAUGACCCCCCCUCCCUGCGCUGCACCAAGCGCGGCACCAAGCGCGACACCCUGGUGGGCUACGAAGGCGGCGUGCACCUCCCCGCCACGGCGUACAAGCUAGUCAAGUGCCACUACUACCUGCAGAACUACACCAAGGCAGAAAAAAUAAUUGCCAAAAUGUUGAAGAGCGAACACUUAAAAAAACACAACUUAGAAAUUGAUAUAAAAACGCUCUACAUAGAUAUCCUCCACAAGACCAAGAGGCACAACAAGGCCAUCAGCAUCCUCCUAACCAUUAAGCAGAAGAAGCUCAGGUUCAUGGGCUCCAUCCCAACCCCUCUGGGCAAUAAAGAGAGGGAACUCCUCCUCCUGAAGAUCCUAAAUAGGAAAAACAAACUGCUGCUCUACCUAUCUCAUAACAGCUACAUCCUACACAUGUUCUACGUGUAUCAAAAGAAGGAGAGCGUCUUCCACCAACACGACCAUUUUUUGCCCAGCCGGGAUGUAAACGACAUCAUUAGGCUGCGGGAGAACAUUUGCUUUUGCUACUUCUGCGUCAGGUACAAUUUCAGCGUGCUGGGCCUCCUCUACCUGUACAACGUUUUGCUCUUCCUUGGCUCCACCCGCGCCAAGGGCAAUCGCGGGCAUCGCGGGCAUCGCGGCGAGUGUGGCGAACACGGCAACCGCUCCACCCGCGCUAGACUGAGGCGGCGGAUUGCCAGCCUGCACACCUACCGCGAGUACGUGGUGUUCCUCGCCACGUCCUUCCGCAUUUUCAAAAGGGGGGAGAAGCCGGAGGACCUCGACAUCGUGCACAAGGAUUUGAGGCUGGACGGCACGCGCCUGUACUAUAGGGGCGCGCUGGUCUUCGACGUGCAGCGGGUGCUCGCCAAGCGCGCGGCAAUGGGCACGUCCCCUAACGAUGUGGACGCCGCUUCCCCCACCGCUGCGAACGCUUCUUCCCCUAACGCUACGAGCUCUGCCUCCCCCACCGCUGCGAACGCCGCUUUGCGCAGCCGCCUGCGGAGGCACGCGCGGGGAGUCGAGCUGGAAAUAUUCAGCAGCAAAAUUGUGGUGAAAUUCUACAAGUUCAGCUACAGCUUCUUUUCCUUCCUGUACGAGACGGAGCAGGACUUCAAGCGAGUGCACACCGCCAUGGAGAAGGACGUUAUGAGCUUCAGAAGGGGGAGAAGUGACGUGGCGGCGGUGGCAGCGAUGGAGGCGUCGCCGGGGGGGUGGCGGUCCCUCUUCGUGCCGCCGGGGUAUGCUCGUGAGGAAGGCGAGCCGCCCAGUGGCUCCCCCACCGGGAAAGUUGCCCCCCUCCCCCAAUUGGAGAGACCCCCAUUGGAGGCCUUCCCUGCGGAGGAGGCGCCAAAGCGAAGCAAGCGGUUCUCCUUCCUCAUGAUGAGGAAGAAAAUGAACCUGUUUUCGUUCGAAAAUUACCUGGGGCUGUAUUUCAGCCUGCUGUUCCUGGAGGAGUGCCUCUUCAUCGUGACGACGAUGAACAUGUACGAAGACGCCAUACACAUCCUGAGCGUUUAUUUAAAAAAUAGGAAAUCUAGCAAAAUGAAGUUCCUGACCUACAUGAAGGCAGUGAAGAGGGAGUUUCAGAAGCACCGAAUUAGCAACCGCUUUCGCAACGUAGGGGUGUACUUCUUCAACAGCACCUACUCUGGUAUGAUCAAAGAGGAGAUGCGAAGUGAAUAUAAAAAUUUUUGCAAAAUGAAUGAGCAUGUAGAUUGCAAGUAUUUCCUCUUCCGCAUUAACCUGCUCCUCAACCGGCUCUACAUAUCCAGUGGGGACUUUGAAAGGCAAGUCAAAUGCCUCAACGACGUUUACAUUUUUAAGAGAAAGGAAAAGGACGAGUAUAAAGUUUUAAAAUAUUACUGCGACAUCGUAUUGACGGGACCGUUUUGCCAAAACUACUUGUCUUCCAUCUCGAGGUCUAGACAUAAGAACAUUCUAAUUACCUUUCGACUGUUCCUGGUGAGGACCCUACAUUGCAAGAAUAGCAAUCCGUUUUUGAUUUACCUCAUCGGCAAUGUUUGCAACCUGUCCUGCAUGAUCGUCAACUCGGUGCACGAGCACACGCGCGCGUAUGCCUUUUUGCUGAAGGGCAGGAAGGCCAACCGGCAGCGCCUGCUGCGGGGGCGGCGCGCUAAGGGGGUCAAGGGGGUGAAGCGGGUCAAGGGGCGCGCCAGCGACUCGGAUGGGGGAGCGGUUGGAGGAGCGGCUGGGGGAGCGGUUGGAGGAGCGGCUGGGGGAGCGGUUGGAGGAGCGGCUGGGGGAGCGGUUGGAGGAGCGGCUGGGGAAGCGGCUGGCGGAGCGGCUGGCCAACCGGAUGGCGAAGUGGAUGACCAAUCGGAUGACCAAUCGGAUGACCAACCUAGUGACGCCGCCAACUCCGCCAACUCCGCCAACCCCGCUGAGGAGCUGGAGGAGGAGCACUUCCUGUUCAGCAAGCUGCAGCUGUGCGGGGAGCGGAGGCGGCGGAGCCAAGCGGAGGACGGCUUCGAGGGCGUGGCGGACGAGCUGAACUUCCUCUUCAGCCUGAUGACGUCCUACUUCAACUACGCCAGCGGCUACAGGGUGCAGAACAGGGAGUCAGUGAUGAUGACCUCCUUCUGCCUCCUCAACGACUACAUCGGUAAGAGGUACCACCAGAAGGUCAUUCACAAAAAGAAGAAAUACAAGCGGAGGUCCCUCUUCUACAAGCCAUAUAAGUACAUUUACACUGCAGAAAUUUUAUAUAACCUAGGAAGGGCUCUACAUCAGCUCUCCUACUUCUCCGAGUGCAUGAAGCUUUACAUGAGUGUCAUCCGGUUGGUGAGGCGGGCAGACAAACAAGUGAAAAGGAUCUGCUCCGCCAACAAGCUACUCCUAAACAGGAGAUUUAUAUUAGAACACGUCGUGAACAUGAAUCGGUGCAUGUGCUUUUCGUGCCUCUACUUUUGCCCCAGGGGACCAGCCACGCCCCUGAACCACCUCGCCAACUACUACGGCAAUUUGAACACCAAGUACUGCAGCUUGUUUCUCCUGUUCUUCGACCGGCGCCACCUCCUCUUUUCCGCCGCCUACAACUUGGGCGUCAUCUUUAGGAAGCUCAACCGCUUCGAGCAGGCCAAGCACGUGCUGGGGAACAUCCUCUGGGAUUGA